UAAGAUCGACGAAGAAGCUUUCUCCAGGCGUAAGAGCGGAAGUGUCUAACGAGCAGCCGGGGCUAGUAGUCAGAGAAAGAGCAAAGACGGAGAAGCGAUCAGGCCAGAAGGUGCGAUGCACCUGCACUAUAACAACUCCAUCUGGCCACACCACCACCAAAACCUCACUAUCAUCACACAACAUCAACACCAUCAACAGUACAGCCGCGAUCAAACACCACCAGCACCGGCAGUCUAUCGUUAUCACUACCACCACUCAAACAUCAACACGCCUACCCGCAAACAUAGCCAUCCGCUUCCGUCCACCACCAACCCGCCCACCCCACAACACCCACCAUGCCAGUCUUCACAACCCACCAAGCCUUCGUCUUCAACCCCACCCACCCAACCAUCACCACCACGCUCAACACCUCCCUUAACUCCCUCCUCGCAACCCUCCUCCUAUGGGCCUUCCUCUACCUUAUAUACCUAUCGCUACAAUUCGGCACGUGGCUAGGCAACAAAGUACAGAAGUUAGUCGUUAACGCAUUUGUUAGUCCAGAGGCAUAUGUGUUAAGCGCUGUAACGACGACAAGCUUAGAGGAGAGGAGCGGCGAGGGCGUGGUGCAGUGGCGGACUGAGCGCGUUGUGAGGAUUCGUGUGUUGGGUCGGCUGGGGGGUGAGGAGAGGGUGUUGGAGGGGAGUGUGGAGGUGCGAUGGAAGGAUGGGGAUGGGGGGUUGUCGACGGGGAAAGAGGCCAGGGUGGGUAAGGUCCGGUGUCGCAGCAAGACUAUCUGA